AUGACAACAACGUUAACUUGCGAGACAUCAGCAGGACGACCUGCUGCAAGUAUUACAUGGAGGAAAAUGUCUGGGAAAGGCAUAAGCACAGAUUUGACACAAACUGCGAAAUACAAUAUUUCUGAACUAGACAAUGGCAUGAUAAUAUCUGAAAGCAGCAUUGAUUUGAAACCGCUACGAUUGGACAAUAAUACUCAUCCUCCCGGUAAACCGCUCUUUCAAUUCAUUGCACAAAAUGAUAUUGCAAGAGAUGGUGAAAUACAACAUAAUAAAUUAAUCGUUAAAGAAGGAAGCAGUUUUACUGUUAUAUGUAGAACAGAUGCAGAUCCUCCUCCAACAUACACAUGGAACAUUUCGAAUGACGUGAAAUCUCCAAAUCUAACAUUUACAAAUAUAACCAAGGCAGACAUUAGAUUGCAUGAAUGUACUGCAGAAAAUGAAAUGCAACGCUUCCCUAAAUAUGAGAGAAAGAAGUCAAUAUCUAAGGCAGUUCUUGACAUAGAUGUACAAUAUCCAAGUAGAAUAUUACAGUUCAGUGUUACUGAUGUUGAAAAGAAACGCGAGUAUUUCGAAGUCACUGAAAACGAAACCAUCCACUUUAUCUGCAGUGUUGACAGUAAUCCAGUAUCAUCAAUAUCGUUGUCGUAUAAUGAACAAGAAGUGUGGCAUAAUGUAUCCAAAGGCUUUAUUUAUACAGAUAGAGUCGAAUCAUGUUUUGAUGCUGGCGUUUAUACAUGUUCAGCCAGCAACAAAUACAAUUACAAACCAUUUAAAGAAGAAUUGACCUUACGUGUGAGGUGUACACCACUGUUAUCACCAGAGUUUUAUCUAAAAACAAACAUUACAAGUGCAAAAAAUGUGACUGUUACUUUUCAAUUCAAAUCUAUUGCAUAUCCAGAACCGACAUUCAAAUGGUUUAAACUUACCGACUCAUCCUGGGAGACAUUAGAUAAUAACAAGAAAUUCGAAACUACAACACAUGGACUAAACUCCAGUCUCACUAUCCGGGACAUAACUGAAGACGACUGCGGAUGGUACAAGUUAAAGAUAAACAACACAGUGGGCUCUUUGGAACAAUUUUACUUUUUAAAAGCACACGAAAAGCCUGAUCAGCCUACAAGUUUUGAAUAUCUGCCUGAGUAUGUUACAGGAACUUCCGCAAUUCUUCAAUGGAAACCUGGAUUCGAUGGUGGCCUUGAGCAAACGUUUACUUUGAGAUACAAAUUACAAAUAGGAAACAAUUGGACUACUAUCAUUUUACUCGAUGUCGGUGACAAGACCAUGUACUAUAGCCCCAUCUUCUUGGAAAGUGAAUCAGUUUACUAUUCUGAACUGUAUUCAGAGAAUUCCGAAGGGAAAUCAAUGAAGCUUAACUUGACAUUUAAAACAAAUGCACUGGAACGCACGACAGACUGUACAAUGACAUGGACAUUGGUUUUUGUCUCAGCAAGUACAUUUGUUAUCACCAUUCUAGUUGGUAUAGUGGCAACAAUAUGUUUCAGGAUUAUCAGACGAAAGCAAAGUCUGACAAAAUCCACGUUACAGACAGCUGAGAUAACAGUUUUAAAUCAGACAACAUUUAACUCGGAUGAUAUUUAUACAACUCAUGAGUAUGAACAACUUGAUGAACAUAGUUUGGAGGAUAGAGAAUACACAGAAAUGCAAACAAUGGAAGCGGGUGAUGAUCCGAAUCGGGAUUAUAUAACCCCGAUAUUUUAGAGCUAUAGACAGUAAAUUGACAGUGUACAAUGUUAUUGACUAUGUAUGGUGUUGCUACAUUUUAUUAAAUAUAUACAUUGUUAAUGCAUUGAAUAACAAUGCCCUCUGUAAACGGAAAUAACAUGUUAACAAUAGGUUUAAGGGUAUUUUGCCUUAAAAGUAACGUUACUGUCAGUCGUUUCGAACUGAAAGCUCUCUUGCUCUUGUGAAUAAUGAUGUGCGAUUUCGUUUUAUUACUAAUCUGUAUCAUGCAAAAAAUACGAAGUACCCAUUUAGUACAGAUUAAACGAUUUUAUAUUUCAUUUUUUUCUAUUGAUACUUUUAUCGUUAUAACAUUUUCAUUAUACGUUCAUAUAUGUAUAAAUAAAAGUGUUUCUAGAGAUAUUUUAAAAACCAUAUUUAUUAAUAAUGUGUAUAGAUUUUGCGUUUUUUUGUCAUCAUUUCAUUUGAGAUAUGCACAUAAUUUUAACAAACUACCCCGACUAGAAAUAAAAAAAAGGAAAAGUACAUGGAAUACAUAACUACCUCAUUGACAAUAUGGCUUUUCGCGUCGUCACUUGACGACUUAAAGCAAAUUCAUAGUG